UAGAACCAUUUAAUGAAACAUAUAAGUUCUUUAGACUUUACACAUCUUAAAUUAUUAUAAGAAGUAUCUUGCUAUAAAAUUUAAUUUCAAAAUGAAUUUUUAUAAAUUUAAUGUAUUUUUUAUUGUUUUACUUUUAAACUGUAUGGACACAUUAGCAGGAAAGUCUUCGCGUGAAACGAAUACUUCUACAAAUAAAUUUCAAAUUCCAUUAAUUAAUGAGGCAAUUAAAUAUAUUGAAAAAAACAGAAAUGGUUUCAAUGAAGCCGAAAAAGAGGCAGUAAAUAAAUUAAUAAAUAAAUAUGGAAAAACUACGAAUGAAUUGGAUACUGAUACAGAUGUUGAUUUAAGUAGACUUUAUGAACUAUUGAAUGAUGCAAGAGAAAGUUUAGUUAAAUUAUAUUAUGAAGAAGUAGAUAAUGAAAAUAGUGAUACUAAGUUUUCCAACGUAGGGACAGCUUUAAAUUAUUACGAAGGAACUAAGGAUAUCUUUAACUGUGUAAAAAGUGAUGUUGCAGUUAAUCUAAUUAAAAAUUACGGAAAAAAUAAUUUCAGGCGUGAUAGUGUGAUGGAUAUGAUGUCUAUCGGGUACUAUAAAUCGUGUGGAAUGAAUCCUUAUGAUUGUGUCAUAUAAAUGGGAUUUGAUCAAAAUGAAAUUAAUAAGUCUAUAAGAGAAAAUAUAUGGAACAUAUAUUGAUAAUUCCAAAGCAAUCGAAUUGAUAAAUCUCUACACUAUGUGUAAUGUUAGAUUUUCAAAACUGAAAAAAUUGUUACUUGAUCAAAAGAAAAACUAAUACUCUCAAAAAUAUAUCACAAUUUAAAAUUAUUUCAAUUCAUGUGAUUUAAUUGCAAUCAAUUGAUGUUUGUAAACUAUUUUCCUCUAAAUAAUAAUACUUAUGUAUUCGAGUUUUGACUGUUUUGUAUAUAUUCAAGUAAUUCUUGAAAAAGUUUUUACUAAACCAUUGAAAAAGUAAUCAAAACA